CGUCUUCUUGUCAAACAGUCUCGCAACGAGCGCGCAACGUUUCGCUUCAGUUCGUUAUCAUUAUCAGUGCAAUGCUGUCGACGUUCAGGCACACGGUGAACCGCACCAGCCGAGAAUUCCUCAGGGAGUGGCGGCGCGAGAUCAGCAAGACCUCCACCGCCCCCAACAGCGACGCCAUCUCCAGACAGCAGAAAACCGAGCUGAAUCUGAGCCAGAAUCCGCCGAAUAAGUGGAUGCGUUUGAACAAGCACAACAAUAACAGAGCUUUAUCCACCAUUCAGACAAAGGCCAAACCCCAGUCGACCAAUUACACUCUGGUCACCAAGGAUGAGAGUCGCGAAUUUAUGGCGGUGUUCCCGGAUAUUGUCAGGGAUUUGACCGACGCGGGACGCCAGACGGACAUUCCAGAAGUGACGAAGCGCUAUGCCAAAUUGUUGCACUACAACGUCCCCAACGGGAAGAAAAAUCGGGGGCUGGCGGUGGUCGCCGCCUACAAAAUGCUCGAAAAAGAGGAGAAUCUCACCCCCGAGAACAUCAGGCUGGCCAACAUCAUGGGGUGGUGCGUGGAAGUGUUGCAAGCUUUCUUCGUCGUCACGGACGACUUCAUGGAUCGGUCGGAGACCAGAAGGGGGCUUCCUUGCUGGUACAAGAAAGAGGAAAUAGGACUGAGUGCCGUGAAUGACGCCAUAAUUCUAGAACAAGGCAUUUAUACUUUAUUGAAGAGACAUUUUUCGAAUCACCCUUGCCUGGUCCCAACCCUUGAACUGUUCCAUGACGUCACUUUAAAAACCGCGAUGGGACAAGCUCUGGAUUGCAUGUGUCAAAAAGACGGGAAACCCAAUCUGGAUCUCUUCACCAUGAAAAAGUACAAUUCGAUUGUUAAAUAUAAGACUGCUUAUUACACUUUCCAACUGCCGGUGGCCCUAGCCAUGUACAUGGCGAAUUUGUACGACCCAGAGAUGCACAGACAAGCCAAGACCAUUUUACUCGAAAUCGGUCAAUUCUUCCAGAUACAGGACGACUUCCUGGACUGCUUCGGCGAUCCAGAGGUGACCGGCAAAGGCGGCAACGACAUCCGCGAGGGCAAGUGCUCCUGGCUGGCCGUCGUGGCCCUCCAAAGGGCCAAUCCCGCCCAAAGAAAAAUCAUGGAGGAGUUCUACGGGCGCCCCGGCCCCGAGGCCGCGCGAGUCAUCCGCAACCUGUACCAAGAGCUGAGCUUGCCCAACACUUACGCCAUCUAUGAAGAAGAGAGCUUCAACAUCAUCCGCACCCACAUCCAACAGAGCUCCAAGGGACUCCCCCACAAGCUCUUCUUCAAAAUCAUGGAAAGAAUCUAUAAAAGGGACUGUUGAUUCAGUAUUCGAUAAUUUGCACACGUUGCAGUGAUAGUGUUAGCGUUUAUUUUACAGGAAUAUGCUUUUGAUACUUUUGUAAGUUAGGAUAAGGUUUGUUUGAGCUUUAACUUCGGGUGUUUGGAGAUUAUAUUGUAAAUUCGAGUUUCUGUGUGAUAUCUGCGGGCUGGUGGACCAGUCGGCGUGUUUUGUUAUAGUUAGUUAGGGUUAUUUAUGUGAGUCAUUUUGUGUUUUUUUUUUUGGUAAGUUUUGUUACCACGUAGGAUAGUCACUAAGUUUUCUAAGGUGUUUGAAGAAACUGUAUUACUGUUACACAACAAUGAAAAUUAUAUAUUGAAGAAAAAAAAC